AUGGAUUUCCUCAAGUCAGCUGUCGCCUCGGCGAUAGCCAAAGGCCCGCCCUUCCCCUAUAGUUUUGGCGACAAGGUCGAUAUGGACCCCUCCAUCUGGACCCUCUACAACGGUACAAGGCGGGAAGACGGUUCGAACUGCAGCAUUUUUUCGUUCGACAUCACCGCCAACCGAUCCGCACUGCCCCUCGCCAAGAACGCGCUCAAGAAGCUACGGACAUUGCGACACCCCGGCGUCAUCAGGGUGCUCGACGCCGUCGAGACAGAUACCUACAUCUACAUCGCAACCGAGCGCCUAGUACCUCUCCGGUGGCACGUCAAGCGGAAGAGUCUCGCUCCCGAGACUGCAAAAUGGGGUCUGUACAACAUUGCGGUGCGACAGCGAACAAUCAAGUUUAUCAAUGAAGAGGCGUCAUCCGUCCACGGCAGCCUCAAGGUCGCCUCGGUUUACACGACCGAAAGUGGCGAGUGGAAACUCGGCGGUUUUGACGUCCUCAGCAACGUCAAGGAUGACGAGGCCGUUAUCUACACUUAUGGGAGUCUUGUGCCCGACUCCGGACGCUACACGCCUCCGGAGCUAGCAAAGUCAGGGUGGGAUGCUCUCAAGCGCAGCCCGCAUUCGUCCGUUGACGCCUACCAGUUCGGCGCCCUGAUAUUCGAGGUCUUCAACGGCACGUUCAACGGCGGUGACCAGGCGGGCCAGACCAAGAAUAUCCCACCAAGCAUGCACGCAAGCUAUAAGCGUCUCACCAACGCCAAUCCUAAGGCGAGGCUGAGUGUCGCUCAUCUUCUCGAACAGGGCCGCCGGAGUGGCUCCUUUUUCGAUUCACCACUCAUCAAGCUCACCGAUGGCAUUGAGAAUCUCGGCGUCAAGUCGGAGGAGGAACGGGAAGCCUUUCUAGACGACUUGGAACAACUUACAGACGACUUUCCCGAGGACUUCUUCAAGAUGAAGGUGCUUCCCGAGCUGCUGAAAUCAGUAGAGUUUGGUAACGGCGGGCCAAAAGCAUUCGGAAUCGUCAUGAAGAUCGCCACAAAGCUGUCUCCCGAGGAUUUCGACUCCAAGAUGACCCCUGUCCUAAUCCGGCUGUUUGGCAACCCCGACAGGGCGAUCAGAGUGUGCUUGCUGGACAACUUGCCCUUGAUGAUCGACCGGCUGUCCCAGAAGAUCGUCAACGACAAGAUAUUUCCCCAAAUAGUGACCGGCUUCACCGAUGUCGCGCCCGUCGUCAGGGAGCAGACAUUAAAAUCCGUGCUCUCGCUCAUCACCAAGCUAUCAGACAGGACCAUCAACGGCGAGCUGCUGAGAUACUUGGCCAAAACCGCCAAUGACGAACAGCCGGGCAUCCGCACCAACACGACGAUAUGUCUCGGCAAAAUCGCCAAGCACCUCGGGUCUUCGUCGAGAGCUAAGGUCCUGAUGGCCGCUUUUACGCGUUCGCUCAGGGAUCCUUUCGUCCAUGCUAGGAACGCAGCUUUGAUGGCCCUUUCCGUCACAUCAGAGUACUUUUCCGAGGAGGAUUGCGCGGUCCGCAUCUUGCCCGCUGUCUGCCCAUUGCUCAUUGACAAAGAGAAGCUCAUUCGCGAUCAAGCGAGCAAGACCGUCGAUGUCUAUCUCGCGAAGAUCAAGAAGGCAGCAGCCGCCAUGCCCGCCACCGCUCUGCCUCCAGAAGGCGCUGCAUCUACCGCCGGAGGGCCCAGGAUGAGCACCCCCCAACCUGCCGAGUCGGCGGCAUCCUCUUGGGCGGGCUGGGCCAUUUCCUCCUUCACGAACAAGCUCUCCGCCGCGGCAGGCGAGAUUCAGUCGUCCUCUAGCCCAGUCAACGGACCAGCUGCUGCCGCACCAUCAGCUGACACCAAACGCCCAGUGGCGGCGCCGCCCCGGACACUGUCCACCUCUCCCCUUCCAAACAGUCACCGACAGGCUGUCAAGUCCCCACCACCGUCCGCACCGCCGACAUCGAAUAAGAAUUCCUUCUUCCAAGACGAACCCUCCGCGCACGGCGAUGAUGAUGACACAUACGACGACGCGGCCGACGCUUGGGGGGAUAUGGAUGAUAUGGUUGAAGACGACGACAACCCUGAUCAAGCUGACAGCGCCGCGGACUUCUUCAGCGCCAACGGCAGCAACGCGACACCAUUCGACGACGGUUCCGAGCCGGACUUUGCCGGCUGGCUGGCCGCACAGGCUCAAAAGAAGAAGGCCGGCGGGCUGGCAGGCGGGAAGGCGUUGCCCAAGGGGCUGGCCAAGAGUAAUAAUACGACCAAGCCGAAGUCGCCGGCCGCGGCGCCGGCAAAGAAGAUCGACAUGAAGCCGAAGCAAACGGACGAUGAUGAUAAUGAUGCGUGGGGGGGUUGGUAA